AUGUUGUUCAAUGAGACCGUGUGCUGCAGUGUAAGGUUCGAUUUGAGUCCAAACUCCCAUCUUGACACUUGCUCAAAACAAGCUAACGCCACUAUGUUUCACAUCUGUAGUUUGGACAAGUCAUGUAUCUUUCUUCCGUCUUCAAAUUGCUCUGAGGGCAAGCCUUGCAUAUCUGGGAAGCUUCGUCUGUCACUUGCGCAAGCUAUGACCGUUAGAGGAAUCUCGGUCCAGGUGCGAGGUCUAGCCAAACUGCCAUAUGAUCAGGGCACAUUCUUCCAAUCCUAUCAUGAAGAAAAUACAUUUGUAACAACCCAGCCCCUGGCGUCGUCUCACAAGCAGAAUCCAUUCAACCUACCAACAGGGGACUAUGAAUUUCCAUUCAGCAUUCCUCUAAAUGAUAACAUGCUGGAAACUGUCUCCUGUCGACGGUCAAGCUACCGCUUGUACCAGGUACAUGCCAUCAUCCAGCGCAGGUGGAACAGAAAUGUCACUGUCUCUAAACCGAUCCGAAUUUAUAAACGGUUUUCCAUUGAGGAGAGCCUCAACUGGAUGUUAGCUUUGAAUUCAAUUGACAAACAGUGGGAUAAUGUCGCGCAAUAUAACGUGUCCAUCCCCGAUGUCAAUAUCCCGUUCGGCGCAACAUUUCCCGUGAAACUCCGGGUCGCCCCCUUAUCAAAACGUAUAAAGCUCCAAGCGUUAACGAUCGAUGUGGUUGAGCAGCAUGAGGUCAAAAUGAAAGCUCCGGCAACAUACUCCGCACAGUUCAACGUCCACUUUCUAUCAUCCAACAAGGAGCACGUCAUUUUCAGAGAGCGGCACAAUUUAGAUGACUGCACAGUGUCCGGAUCAGAAGACUCUGAUCUUGAGUGGUGUAUAACAAAAGCUAUAUCUUUGCCACAGGACCUCGAAGAGUACACCCAAGACGUGAGCUCUAACGCGAUAAGGAUCAAGCAUCAUGUAGCGUUCACCGUCGAGUUGCUCGGCGUGGGCGAGGGGGUAUCCAUGAUCAAAGGAACUAUUCCACUGAAUAUUUACAUGUCACCCCAUGCCAUCAGUGAGGACGGCACCGUUCGUCGUCUUCAUAUUGAUAGAUUCCAUGACGAAUAUGUGCCUCCUCCACCCUUGUACAGCGAACAUCAAAACGAUUUAUUGCUACCUAUAGCGGAGGCUUUGCUGGAUAUUAAGAAGCUACGAUUGAAUUGCGAGCAACAACUGGAUAAUGCGAGCUUCAAUUCUACCCGACGUGACUGUGCACCCAGUUACGAAACCGCGAUUCAAACUAGCCAUUAA